UGUCACAGAACCCCCAACAUUGGAACAAGCGAUAGAAGAAAAGGAAUAUUUAGAAAGCGACAUCGACGAAUUAAAUAAACGAAUGCAGUUGAUGACUGCCAAUUACGAAAAACUUAUCACCGCCCUCGCCGUUCAAGUUGAAACGAAUGCUCCAAGACCCUGCCCAGCCUACAAUAAUAAUAACUCCGGUCCUCAGUUCACGUGUUAUAAUUGUGGGAAAGCUGGACAUAUGGCCCGAGAAUACGAAGGAUACACCCCCGAAGCCGAGGAAGAAGUUUUCAUAACUCCUGAAGUUCGUUACCAACCGUUCCCAUUGCAAAGAACCCAAAGUCAUAUUAAAAAAUCGGAGUCGCAGACCGAAGAAAGGUUAAGGAAUAAUUCACCUGCAACUGAGUUCCCCCCUGGCACAUCGGAAAUCGACAAACUUGAACCAUAUAAUGUGGUAUACGAUCUUUUGAGCAUGAAAGCGAACAUUACUAUUGGGCAAGUAUUGAAAUACCCGAACCAACGAAGAAACCUUGCCCUAGCCCUAAAAAGACCGUUCCUCCCGGAAGAAAUGCCAACACCACCUCCUGAAAUGAUGGAAACCAAUACCGCCCAAACCAAAGAAAGUGGUAAAACCACCGCCGCCCGUUGCUACGUAAGGAUAAAGAAUAACCUGAUUAUUGCCGUUCUCAACUCCGGAGCCGCCGUGAGUAUAAUGUCGAUAAAAACGAUGGACAAACUGAAGCUCCAAAUCAACGAACCUUCAACCACCAUUAUCGUAACCACCAAUGGAACCCGAGUUCGAGCUCUGGGAAGAAUUAAAGACGUAAAAUUAGCCCUUGGUAGUAUGAUGGUUUCCACCACUUUCCACAUAAUCGAAUCGACCGAUGAUAUGUUGCUCCUUG